GCACAGGUUAAAGGCUGUGAGCUGGAAAGAGAGACAGCAGAGAGACACACACACAGCCACAGUGAGUCAGGGAGGAGAAGAGACGUUCAUCCAGUUCUUGCAGGAAACUUUACUAGGACUGAAUCACAUCAAGCAACUCCACACUAGGAUCCUAACAGGACAGGACGAUCAUUUGACACGAGCCUUGUAGGAGCCCUACUGGAUAAUACAGAGAGAUGAGCCGCUUGGGAAUAUGAGGCAUUCCCCUAGACAGCAGCUGUAACCUGAUGUUGGGACAGGUGGGAGAGUAACACAUUCCAGACACCUGGAGGGAACUGCGAGAGGCGAAAACCACAACUCUAUUACCUGCUCUCCACACGCAUUGCGCCAUGUCAUCCUAUGACUUCAAGAAGGGCCUACACCGUACUGUGAUAAUCCUCGGCAUGUCCGCUAUACUCAUCGGCGUGGUUCUACUGACAGUAUCCAGCCAAGCCUUCAUCCUCGGCAUCUGCUUCCUGGGCGCCGGCAGUCUGGUGGUCAUCGCCUACUUCUUGGUGACCGUAACAAACUGUGUUAAAAAGGCAAGGUUGCCGGAAGAUGAGGAAAACCAAAGGGAGACCGAAGCCAGAAGUUCCGGAAAUCAGCCAGAGACCAAUGCUACUCAGUUUGAGGCCCCUCGUUACGAGGACGUCGUGCUCUGCGGUACUGCCACUGUGUGGGCGGUGACCCUCGGUCCGCCUCCAGACAUUGAGCCCCCUCCAUACCACAGCAACCUGGCCCUAAGAAGAGGAGUUCCUGUCGGGGACCUGCAGCUAUCGAACCCCACCUUGCUCCGGAUCAGCUCUGACAUUCAUGAGCUCAAGAGAUGUGGAUAUAUAGUUGAGGAGACAUGGCCGGAGCCUCUGACGCCGCCACCAGCGUAUAACGAGACUGUGGCCGAGUGGGAGGAUGUGUUCGAGGCAUUACCAGAAGAAGGCGAAACAACGGUACAACCAUAGUACCAUGAGGAACUACCAGGGAGAUCAUUGUGUAUCCAAUACCUGAUUACUGCGCCCAAAUAAUUUCAUUCAUGCUUGUGUGGAUGGACGGAAAUUGCCCAUCUCAGUAUAAAAGCAAAGCACAAUAAUGACACAGCUAAAUAGCUCUUACAUAGCACAAGGUUCCAUGGUCCGUCUACAAUGCAUUAAUCAGCCAUCUUGGCCUGGAUAAUCUGACAUGACGUAAGUCUUGCCUCUCACGGACCUGUAAGACAGUCUAACCAUUGGGAAGGGUGAGGCCCUAUAUACCUCUCAACGAGGCGGCAGGAUCGCAGUUGACUUUGUGAAAAGUAUAUAUUUUUUAAAUAUUUAUUAUUGCCAUAAUGUGUUAUUUAUAUCUAUUUCAGCUGCGUUGUACAGUUUAUUAUGUAAAAAGAGAUAAUGAGAUUUUUAUGAAUAUGUUUAUAGUUGUAAAAGUCAGUUUCGCAGUUUGCGUCCAGGGGAGCGCUAGAGCAGAGGCGUGCGUGUGCAACUCCCGAGUAUUUUGCACUUGGGGCAAUCUUCCGACGCCACCUCUGUACUCGGGCAGAAUUCACACAGCGACUUCCCAUCUCCUUCUAUCUCCCAGCAGUGUCUGAGCGUUGCACGGCUCGCCAAUCACAGCGACACGUGCCAUGCAGAAACAGGGGGAGAAUGUGCAAUGCCACCUGAGGUAGGGAUGGCCAUCCACCAUCGAUGUUUGUAAAAUCAUUGAUGAUUGCUCUGCAUAUGUGUUAUAC